CUCAGCAGAAUGGCCACGGAGGAGCGGCACCUCUCCUCCAGCUGUGGGUCCUUCAUCAAGACCGAGCCCUCCAGCCCAUCUUCUGGUAUCGACGCCAUCAGCCACCACAGCCCGAGUGGCUCCUCUGAUGCUAGCGGUGGCUACGGCAUCACCAUGGGUGGUCACCCCAAUGGCCUAGACUCGCCACCCAUGUUCAAUGGCACGGGGAUUGGCGGUGGGUCCUGCCGUAAGCGUUAUGACGACUGCGCCAGCGCCAUCAUGGAGGACUCGCCCACCAAGUGCGAGUACAUGCUCAAUGCAAUCCCCAAGCGGCUGUGCCUGGUGUGCGGGGACAUUGCUUCUGGGUACCACUACGGCGUGGCUUCCUGUGAGGCGUGCAAAGCCUUCUUCAAGAGGACUAUUCAAGGGAAUAUUGAAUACAGCUGCCCGGCCACCAAUGAAUGUGAGAUCACGAAACGGAGGCGCAAGUCCUGUCAGGCCUGUCGCUUCAUGAAAUGCCUCAAAGUGGGGAUGCUAAAAGAAGGUGUUCGUCUGGAUCGAGUCCGUGGAGGCCGUCAGAAAUACAAGAGGAGACUGGAUUCUGAGAGUAGCACUUAUCUGAGCCUACAGAUCCCUCCCCCAGCUAAAAAGCCACAUACAACAACUUCUCCUUUGAAAUGUGCAGUGACUAAGAUCGUCUCCCACUUGCUGGUGGCUGAGCCAGAGAAGAUUUAUGCCAUGCCUGAUCCAACCAUGCCAGAGAGUGACAUCAAAGCCCUGACAACCCUCUGUGACCUGGCAGACAGGGAACUGGUGGUGAUCAUUGGCUGGGCAAAGCACAUCCCAGGGUUCUCCAACCUCUCCCUUGGGGACCAGAUGAGCCUCCUGCAGAGUGCCUGGAUGGAAAUCCUCAUCCUGGGCAUUGUGUACCGCUCCCUGCCAUAUGAGGACAAGCUCGUCUAUGCUGAGGACUACAUCAUGGAUGAAGAGCACUCUCGUCUGACGGGGCUGCUGGAGCUCUACCUGGCCAUUCUACAACUGGUGCGCCGCUACAAGAAGCUCAAGGUGGAAAAGGAGGAGUUUGUCACACUUAAAGCUCUGGCCCUCGCCAACUCAGACUCCAUGCACAUAGAGGACAUGGAUGCAGUGCAGAAACUCCAGGACCUUCUUCACGAAGCCCUGCAGGACUACGAGCUGAGUCAGCGCAAUGAGGAGCCCCGGCGAGCGGGCAAGCUGCUCCUGACCUUGCCCCUCCUGCGGCAGACGGCCGCCAAAGCUGUGCAGCACUUCUACAGCAUCAAACUGCAGGGCAAGGUUCCCAUGCAUAAACUCUUCCUAGAAAUGCUAGAGGCAAAGGUCUGACAGCCCCAGUGCCAGCCAACAGUGGCCGGGGAAAAAACUAGAAACAAAGAUGCAGACAACGGAGCAAUCCAAACAGCAGCAGCAGCCACCGCCGGCUUUUAUCUCCAAUCAUUUAUUAUGGAAGAAUUAUUUAAUGUCUAUCUGUCGGCGUGACUGCAAAAUCUUGUGUACAGGAGGGGGGAAACUCUUUUAAUCAGUCACCUGUUUCUCUUUUUUUCAUUUGUUUUCUCUGUGGGAAAUACCAGAAUAUGCUCUCGUACUUGUUGAGGUGGUCAUCGGGGCUCAGCCCCUCUGAGCAGUGAUGCUCUCAGUGCUGUC